AUGGCAGGCGCUGCCACCCAUCGCUCCCACGGCGAGAACCCUGCAUCGGAAGCAUCCCAGCCCGAGGCUUCCACGCAGCGGGACCUUGCGGCCUCCGAGGGCGCAACCCGUGCUAGCGCCCCCCUCAAGUCCAACCCCAGCAUCCCCGUCACUGUCCGGUCGGAUGGCCUGCAGUAUCUUGAGGUGAAGGACCUGCGCUCUGUGCUGAAGCCACGCAAGUCCCCCUUCUGCGCCACCAACAAUGCCGGCGCCGGUUUUGUGGGCGACACCGACCUGGUGCGCAUCGGCAUCAUGGAGUAUGAGUCCAGCCACUCCUCCGGCGCGCAGGGCUCAGGCCUCUACGACGCGGCGGACAACAGCUGGGUGGACAUCCCGCCCUACGCCAUCCGCUCCGGCCCGCGCGAGUCCAUCUACCACGACCCCAAGCAGGUCACUGCGGCGCUCGUCACCUGCGGCGGGCUCUGCCCCGGGCUGAACGACGUGGUGCAGAACAUCGUCUACACGCUGGAGGACCACGGCGUGCCGGAGGACCAGAUCUUCGGCAUCCGCUUCGGCCUGCGCGGCUUCCUGGACCGGCACACCAAGCCCAUCAUGCUCAGCCGCGCGGCGGUGGAGGGCAUCCAGCUCAAGGGGGGCACGGUGCUGGGCACCUCGCGUGGCAACGCCAAGAUGCACGAGAUCGUGGACCGGCUGCGCCUGUGGGGUGUGAACAUGCUGUUCGUCAUCGGCGGCAACGGCGGCAACGCCGCCGCGCACGCCAUUGCGCGCGAGUGCGAGCGCCAGGGCGUCGUCUGCAACGUCGUGGGCGUGCCCAAGUCCAUCGACAACGACAUCCAGCUCAUCGACCGCUGCUUCGGCUUCGACACCGCGGUGGAGGAGGCGCAGCGCUCCCUCAUCUGCGCGCGCACCGAGGCGCGCUCCGCCUCGGGCAUCUCCAUCGUCAAGCUGAUGGGCCGCUCCUCGGGCUUCAUCUCCCUCAAUGCCUCCAUGGCCUCGGGCGUGGUGGAUGUCUGCCUCAUCCCGGAGAUCCCCUUCUCCGUCCCGCGCCUCGUGGCGCACGUGCAGACCAUCCUGGCGGCCAAGGACUACUGCGUCAUUUGCGUGGCGGAAGGCGCGGGGCAAGACGUGGUGCAGGAGGGCGGGGCGGGGGGCACCGACGCCUCGGGCAACCCCAUCCUCAAGGACAUCGGCACCUUCCUCCGCGACCGCUUCGAGGAGGCCAUCGAGGCGAGCCAGGGGGGGGCCAAAGGGGACGGAGAUGGGGCUGCGAUCCAUUCAGGAGGAAACCCUGACCCCCUCCCACAGGGCAUCGAUGUGCGGUACAUCGACCCCUCCUACAUGAUCCGCUCCAUCCCCACCAUCACCACCGACCGCAUCUACUGCAAGGUGCUGAGCCAGGGGGCCGUGCACGGUGCCUUUGCCGGCUACACCGACUUCACGGUGGGCCUGGUCAACACCCACUACGUCUACCUGCCCACGACCACCAUCAUCCAGUCGGCGCGCACCGUGGACCCCGCCGGGCGCCAGUGGAACCGGCUGAAGACGGCCAUCAACCAGCCGGACCUGGCGUGA